GCUAGCAUCCGUAGCUUUCACCGGCUCCAUGCUCGUGUAUGUUGUUGUUCUUACGAAGUCUGCUGUGGUCUCUGUGAGGGAUGGUAAGAGGUCGGCGGGGGGUCGGCGAGGGGUCGCGGGGUCGGCGGGUCCCUGACUGGAUGAUGUACCGUGUUGUCUCUGCAGGGCAGGAUCACAGCGAGGCGGCUCUCGUCAGGCGUUUUAGGGGCGAAGGCGUCCGCUACAAGGCCAAGCUCAUCGGCAUGGACGAGGUCGCCGCCGCCCGCGGAGACCGACUCUGCCAGGACUCGAUGAUGAAGCUCAAGGUAGGAAGAGACUCCGCCUCCUUCUACUUCAAACCGUAGACAGGAAAUCCUCCUCUCUGAGUGACAGCUGUGUUCCUUGUGAGGCUGUGAGUGAGGUUGUGUGUUCUUCUACACAGUAUUAGUGUGUUACUGCAGUAAAUCUGUGAGAAGAGAUGAUGGCAUCACCAUCUGACGGAGAGCUGGAGAUAAUCUCAACACAUUCUUCAUUUAAUCUUAAUUUUAGAUUAUCGUGGGUUCUGUAAUCAGAACAUCACUUAUUUACUCCGUUUCUCCAAAACCUCUACUCUAUCUGGGCUGUCAUUCUAAUAACCUGUUGAUAUUUAUUAUUAAUAUGACACAUGUCAUGUUGCAUGUCACAUGAGGUAAGUAGGGCUUAGAUUAGGAAACUAAUCGUGUAUUUGGAGAUAAACAUGUGGUCGUGUUGGAGGUGGAACAUGUGGAACGAGCGACUCUUCCUGUCCAUCAUUUAACGGCUGUAAUUGAAGAGCCAACAAUUGCGCGUCCGUGUGUGUGUGUCCCCACAUUUAGCAGGACGUUUUCAAACCACCGUCUUCUAGGGACACAGUGGUUGUCCUCUGCAGGCCAGAUGUUGACAUGGAAGUAGCCUAGCAGCUAGCUCAGGCGUCUCCAUCUCCAGCUACCAUCUCGCUCUCCGGUGUAACGGAGUGCAGCAGCGGCUUCAUUUCUGGGGUUAAUUUUGUUUACAACGAAAGACCAGAAGUAAACAACAAAAGUUGCGUUAACUGUGUUAAAAUAUCUCGGCCACAUUAAUCGUUGGUGUUGACAGCCAGAUGUAAGCCUCCUCUGUGACGCCAACGAGGGAGAAGCGAGGUGGUGACCUGUGUGUGUGUGUCUGU